AUGAUUGGAUCUAUCUCAGUCUCUUCAUUAUUUAUCAAUUUAUCUAUCUAUCUAUCUAUCUAUCUAUCUAUCUAUCUAUCUAUCUAUCUAUCUAUCUCAAUAUAUUCAUAUCUAUCUAUCUAUCUAUCUAUCUAUCUAUCUAUCUCUAUCAAUAUAUUCAUUAUCUAUCUAUUUAUCUAUCUCUAUCAAUAUAUUCACAUCUAUCUAUCUCUAUCAAUAUAUUCAUAUCUAUCUAUCUAUCUAUCUAUCUAUCUAUCUAUCUAUCUAUCUCUCAAUAUAUUCAUAUAUAUCUAUCUAUCUAUAUCUAUCUCAUAUUCAUAUCUAUCUAUAUAUCUAUCUCUAUCAAUAUAUUCAUAUCUAUCUAUCUAUAUCAAUAUAUUCAUGUCAAUCUAUCUAUCUAUCUAUCUAUCUGUGUAUCAUACACAACACUAUCUAUAUAUAUAUAUAUAUAUAUAUAUAUAUAUAUAUAUAUAUAUAUAUUCAUAUCUAUCUAUAUCUAAAAUAUAUUCAUAUCUAUCUAUCUAUCUAUCUAUCUAUCUAUCUAUCUCAAUAUAUUCAUAUAUAUUCUUCUAUCUAUAUCUAUCUCAUAUUCAUAUCUAUCUAUAUAUCUAUCUACAUCAAUAUAUUCAUAUCUAUCUAUAUCAAUAUAUUCAUGUCAAUCUAUCUAUCUAUCUAUCUAUCUAUCUAUCUAUCUAUCUAUCUAUGUAUAUAUAUAUAUAUAUAUAUAUAUAUUCAUAUCUAUCUAUAUCUAUCAAUAAUUCAUAUCUAUCUAUCUAUAUCAGUAUAUUCAUAUCUAUCUAUAUCAAUAUAAUCUAUCUAUCUAUCUAUCUAUCUAUCUUAAUAUAUUCAUAUCUAUCUAUGUAA